UGGACCAAACCGCCUGCUUGCCUUUGUUUACCUCGACCCUCUCCUUUUGCAUUAAACCAUCAGUGUCGAGGGUGCCUCCCGCGAGGAAGUAUAGGAAGAGGAAAGACAGUGAACUUGAAUCGGUGAACAUCCACUCAACUCUGAGUUCUUUUCACUGGAUGUCACUCUGUUGGACAACCAACACCGUUUCAAUCCCGCCUCUCUCUCAACAUCCUGCAUCUUUUCUCUCUUCCAUUUUAGACAGGUUGACCCUGCUCUCCGUUUCUGAUUGAUUCGACUGGUGCGAAAGAUCAGAAUUUGCUCAGAUUACGCCUUUUUAAUUAGUUACCGUGGAAUAUUGCUAGCUUACGUCCGUUGGCCCUAUCCCUCAUAAAAAGCCUCUCAUACGUUGUAACGUGAGAUUGUGAAUAAGAAACCACGCCUGCCAAAAUGCGAAAUUACAUUACGUUUGCUGUGCUAGCCCUGUUGCCGGCCAGAAGUUAUGCCGCAGAUACCCUGAGAACAGGAAGUCUCUCGACAUGCUUGACCGAUUCCGAUAUCCAGGUGCAAAAACUGGACAUCGACUUUUCCCGCUCUACAAAGAAGAUUACCUUUGAUGUCGCUGGUACAAAUACCAAAGAACAGAAUGUCACGGCUACACUUUCGGUCACUGCCUACGGGAACGAGGUAUACACCAAAGAAUUCGAUCCUUGCGACAAUGCCAACCAUGUUGAUCAACUCUGCCCUGUUCCGGCUGGCGAAUUCUCCGCUUCUGGGUCUCAGGUAAUACCAGACGAUUUCAUAAGCCAAAUUCCGUCGAUUGCGUUCUCAAUACCGGAUCUAGACGGAGUGGCGAAGCUUCAAUUAAGGUCAAAGAACGAUGGCAACGAUGUUGCUUGCAUUCAGUCUGAGUUGACCAAUGGAAAGUCCGUGGAAGUCCCCGGUGUCUCUUACGCUGCUGCCGGUAUGGCUGGAGCUGCACUGGCUUUGAGCGGACUGUCAGCUUUGGGCUCUGCCGGACACGCAGGCUCGACUUCUUCUAGCCCCGGAUUCGGCGAGGUCAUGGGCUGGUUUCACACAAUGGCAACCAAUGGCAUGCUUAGUGUCAACUACCCUCAAGUGUAUCGCAGCUUUUCGAAGAACUUCGCAUUUAGCACGGGCUUGAUACCGUUGGCCCAAAUGCAACAUUCGAUAGACAAUUUCAGGAAAGCUACAGGCGGAAACCUCACCGAAAACAACUAUGACUAUUGGAAAGGACUCAGCACUCCAUCGGAGUCGAAUCAAAAGCGAUCCCUAGAUACGAUCCUCGGUACAGCACGACUAAUCGUACGUGAGGUCGAGACUUCAGUCAAUGGCACUUCUUCCGGCAAUGAUACCUCUAGUGGACAAGAUAGCAACCUCCUUUCUGCAGAUGGAAUAUCGAACUUGAGCAAGGAAUUGCUCAUUCCUCAAUCGAAUACAUUCAUGACCGUGUUACUGAUUUUCGCCAUUGUUAUUGCGGCGAUUACCGUGGGGAUUUUGCUCGUCAAGGUAAUUCUCGAGCUAUGGGCCCUCAACGGCUCGUUUCCCAAGAUGCUCGCCGAUUUCCGAGACCAUUAUUGGGGUCUCCUUGCCCGAACAAUCACGAACUUGAUCCUCGUCCUUUACUCAAUCUGGGUUAUGUACUGCGUAUACCAGUUUUCGAGUGGAGAUUCCUGGGCCGCACAGCUUCUUGCGGGUGUCACCCUGGCCAUUUUCACUGUUCUUCUCGGAUUCUUCGCUUUCCGCAUAGUAUAUCUAGCUCGCAAGUACAAGAAAUCCGAAGGCGACGCGUCCUCAUUAUAUGAAAACAAGGAGACUUGGCGAAAAUACAGUCUCUUCUACGACAACUAUAAGAAGGGCUGUUGGUGGCUUUUUAUCCCAGCUAUCAUUUAUAUGCUUGUUAAAGGUUGUAUCAUUGCUGGUGCUAAUGGGCAUGGACUCGUCCAAUCUACCGGUCAACUUGUUGUCGAGGCGCUGAUGCUGAUUCUUCUACUAUGGCACCGCCCAUAUGUUGCCAAAUCGACCCAGUGGAUCAACAUCACAAUUCAAGUCGUCCGUGUUCUGUCCGUUGCCUGCGUCUUGGUUUUUGUCGACCAACUGGGCCUCUCGCAAACUACCAAGACCGUCACUGGCGUGAUCUUGAUUGCCGUACAGUCAGCUUUAACCGGUGUUCUUGCCAUUCUUAUUGCUGUCAAUGCUAUCAUUCUCUGCUGUCGCGAGAACCCCCAUGCCAAGCGGAGGAAGGAAGCUGAAAAUAUGAACCGUGAUAUUGAUGAUCUUACGCCCCUCGAUGCCCGGGAAUCACUCCUCAUGGACAACCCCCCCCGUAAAGACUACUCCGAGAUGAGUAAAUUCAAUUUCACGGGUCCAUACGAACCCUACCGGGACACCGACCGUCUCGUGGACACCGAAUACCACGAUGAUCCCCGGUAUGGUCGUAACAUCGGCCGAGACAGUCGCAGUAGCAGUAACAGCCGCGACAGCCACGGCUCCCCUGAGGGCCGUCGUCCGACAAAGCCUGCGUACGGCUUUGCAUAUUGAAAACAAAUACUUGUGUUUUGACGUAUUUGCCUCCCCCCUCCCCUUUUGUUCCAUUGACUUAUUCUCACCAUUUUCAGCUUCUUGUAUGUAGAGGCAUAUCCUUUUUCAAGCGCCAUAUUUGAUGACUUAGCGUUCCUUGCUGGUAACUCCCUUUUUUUUUUUUGCCCUGCAAAAUUUGCAUUACACCCACUUACUUAGCGACAAUCUGUCGCCAUCCUCUUAUAUUGCUCGCGCCGUUCGUUAUAUAUAUAUAUUUUUUCUACAUUGCA